CCACCCACCCAGGGUCCCCGGAUGCGGUGGGGCGACCACUCCUCUGCCCCCAGGCGCCCCGCCGGGACUACAUCUCCCACCAGCCUCAGCGUCCUGCCUUGGUGGCUGGGGGUGACGGGAGUUGUAGUCUCUGGGGUGACCCCUCUCGGCCUCGCCUACCUCGCAGGGCUGUUAUGUGAGGAUCCGCCCUGGCCCUGCCCCUCCAGCAAGCGCCGCCCCACGGAGGAGGAGGAGGAGGAGGCCAGACAUGGCGCCGCCAGGGUCAGGGGGCUGCCGGGGGCCGCCGCUGGACCCGGACCCGGCCCGCCAGCCGCCCCUUCUCCUCCUCCUCCCGCUGCUGCUGCUGCUGGGCCUGGCCGCUGCCCAGCCGCCCCCCGAGGCCUUCCGGGCGGGCCACGGCGCUGCUGCUGCUGCUGCCGCCUCCUGGCCUCCCUCGGCCGCGGCUCCCCGACGGUAUCUUUUGUAUGAUGUAAACCCACCUGAAGGCUUCAAUCUCCGUAGAGAUGUCUAUAUACGUAUUGCUUCUCUUAUAAAGACUUUGUUGAAACAUGAAGCUUGGGUAUUGGUUUUGCCUCCCUGGGGACAUCUGUAUCACUGGCACAGUCCGGAUAUUGAUCAGGUCCGAAUUCCUUGGUUCGAAUUUUUUGACAUUCCAAGCCUCAAUAAAAACAUACCUGUGAUUGAGUACGAACAGUUCCUUGCAGAGUCAGGAGGACCCUUUAUAGACCAGGUGUAUGUCCUGCAAAAUUACGCCGAAGGCUGGAAAGAGGGCACGUGGGAGGAGAAGACGGAUGAACGGCCUUGCAUUGACCAGCUCAUGUAUUCCAAAGAUGGACAGGAAUACUACAGGGGAUGGUUCUGGGGUUAUGGGGAAACCCGGGGCCUCAAGCUGGCUUGUAUAUCUGUCCAAGGCUCUGCCUCAGUCAUAGCUCCUCUUCUACUGAACAACACUUCAGCUCGGUCAGUGAUGUUAGACAGAGCCGAAAACCUUCUUCACGAUCACUAUGGUGGCAAAGACUAUUGGAACACUCGUCGAAGUAUGGUGUUUGCUAAACACCUCCGUGUUGUCGGGGACAUGUUUAGAACCAAACAUUUAAACUCUACUGACGAGAGGGAUGUGACACAUUAUGCCGAGGACUGGACGAAGAUGAAGGUCAAGCUGGGCACGGCCCUCGGCGGCCCGUACCUUGGAGUCCACCUCCGACGGAAAGACUUCAUCUGGGGCCACAGAAGCGACGUGCCUAGCCUCCAGGGAGCCGUCCAGAAAAUCCGCAGCCUCUUGAAGCUGCAGAAACUGGAGAGAGUUUUUGUAGCGACCGAUGCUGUUGCAGAAGAAAUUGAAUUGUUGAAGAAACUGCUUCCAGAAAUGGUGAGGUUCGAGCCGACUUGGGAAGAGGUGGAGCUCUUCAGAGAUGGUGGAAUAGCCAUUAUCGAUCAGUGGAUCUGUGCACAUGCCAGAUAUUUUAUAGGUACCUCUGUCUCGACAUUCUCCUUCCGCAUUCAUGAGGAGAGGGAGGUUCUAGGCUUCGAUCCCCGAACAACCUACAACAGAUUUUGUGGCGAUGAAGAGACAGCCUGUGAGCAGCCGACUCACUGGAAAAUUGCAUAUUAAACUAUAGAAGUCCAUGGAACCAUAGCCUUUGUGGGCUCACCAAAGCGAUGCAACAGUCACUUUUUUGUACAUAAAUGCCGUAUUUUGGCACAUGAUCCCUUUCCCAUGGCAACAGCCAGGACCUGCCUAGAGCCUGCACUUCAGAAGGAUCCCUGUAAAAAGGAAAUUUGAAAGCCUGCACCCAGUGGCUCUCCAUGGGGAAGAGCAACAGAAGGCAGCAGGGAGAGAAAUGUAUGUUUAUGUCUAGCUAGAUAGCCCACAUCCUUUUAAGUUCCCACCCCACUCCACCUGUUUGUAAAAAACAGUAUUACCCACGGGUUUCUGGUGGUGUGAAAAUAUGGUCGUUUUAAUGUUGGUUUCUUUCCCACUUCUGGGUAGUCAGCACAAAUGACUAGAACCAGUUUAUUUUCGGAACAAGCAUCCUCAAUCAGCACAGUAUUAUUCUUCUCUGGCAAAACUCUAAAACGUCUCCUGCAUUUUCAUUUGACCAGGCAAUGUGUUCUAACGCUGCUGAAAUGUUUUCAAAAUGCAAUUCGGGAGGGAAAUGAUUAAAAUGUUCUAUAUAAAGCA